CGUACAUGUUUACUUCGGAGUGGUUAAACAGCCGGACACAUCUCCAGAUGAACGGUCGCUGAUGCAUGAAUCUUAACUGAAACGUGAUAUUAUGGCUUAUUUUAACAAGCUGUAGAUAUAACGAAAUUUUGGACAGAUAUAGUAAUUUGUUUAAAUGUAGCUAAGCUAUCGUAGUGACUGUCAGAGCAGCAUUUUUCAUGUGAGCUAACCGUUAAGCUGCUGCCAGAAAAAAGACCGUUCACUACGAUGCUAACGACUUUAUUGGACAGAACCGUAACGUUAAUAUCUGGGUGUUUGCAAAAUACUAAACACCGUUUUAAUGGGAUUAAGUUAAAUUAAAUUACAUAACUAGACACCAGCAAUCUUCUCUGUUACUCACCUUGCCUGUGAUCUAAAACAACUCACAGGAUGCCUAAUGCCAGUGCAAGGCCUAAGCAUAGCAGGAGGACCCGAAGGCGACGCAGAGAGGACCCUGCAAGGAAUGAGCUGGUCUCUAGUUCCCUAGAAAGUGCCCAGCAGUGCCUGUUCAGCCAAGACUAUGGAACUGCAUUUGUGCACUACCUCCUGGUCCUCAACCUUGCACCUAUGUUUAAAGACUUUGCAAAGGAGUCCUUCAGGUUCACUCUCUUCAAAUGGGCAGAAGAGCUGGACUCUGUGGGCCGUAUUCAGGACCUAUUUGACUGUUAUGAACAAGCGCUGGAACUCUUCCCUGCUGAUGAGGUCAUCCUAAACAGCAUGGGUGAACACCUGUUCAGGAUGGGAUUUAGAGAUGAAGCUGCUGGUCAUUUCCAUAAAGCUUUGAAGCUGAGACCGGACUAUCCAGAAGCCAGGGAGAACUUCUACCGUGUGGCCAACUGGCUAGUGGAGCGCUGGCAUUUCUUAAUGCUCAAUGACCAUGGGAGGAACCUGAAGUAUCAGCAAGCCAUUCAGAAGGCUGUUCAGAGUGGCUGCAACACUGUACUUGACAUAGGUACUGGCACUGGGAUCCUUGGUAUGUGUGCUAAGAAGGCAGGGGCUGCUGAGGUGUACGCCUGUGAACUGUCGAAGACGAUGUAUGAACUGGCCUGUGAGGUGGUGACUGCUAAUGGAAUGGAUGGCAGCAUCAAGAUCCUCCAUAUGAAAUCUCUGGAGAUGGAGGUGCCAAAGGACAUCCCACACAGGGUAUCCUUGGUGGUGACAGAGACGGUAGAUGCAGGAUUGUUUGGAGAGGGCAUCAUAGAGAGUCUCAUUCAUGCCUGGCACCAUCUCCUGCUGCCUCCACAGGUGAGAAUUGAAUUCAGGGAACAGUCUGCUACAGGACGGGUCAUCCCUGCUGGAGCGACUGUGUUCGGCAUGGCACUUGAGUGCGUCGAGAUCCGCCGGUAUCACAGGCUGUGUGUAUCAGAGGUGGGAGGUCUGUCCAUGGCUGCAGCCGGGGAGCUCCGUAGCCCAGUGAGCUGCAGCUCUGAGCCGGAUGACUCCACAGAGCCGUACACCACAGAGAGACUCAGCAGACUGCCGGGAGGAUAUAAACCUCUCACAGAGCCCUUCACAGCCCUCAACAUAGAUUUCAAUAAUGUGCAGGAACUGGAGGGCCUGAGCUCCAGGGAGGUUCAGCAGAUCCGCCUGCCUGUCAUUCAGGAGGGGGAGCUGGAUGCUCUGGCCGUGUGGUUCCAGCUCCACCUGGACGAGGAGAGCAGCCUGUCUACUGGACCCCAGGAGGACACAUGCUGGGAGCAAGCCAUCUACCCUGUCCACAGUGCCAAAGGUUUUGCCCUGAAACCUCGAGACGAGCUGAUUGUUGAGAUCUCCUGCCGAGAUGCUUACCUGAGGCUCUGCUGUGUCGCUGUGCUGAGAGAUGGGCAUGAAAUCCGCCUGGACAAGCGCCUUGACUCGCGGCACUCUGGAAAUCCCAUUUCAAACCCAAACCCAGAGGCGGAACUGUGCAGCGCAUUAGCAUGUCUUCAGACUGGCCAGAACCAAACCAAAGACUUCUGCAUGCUGGAAUGUUCAGAAAUGGCACUUCUGAACAAUCAGGAUUACCAUCAGAGUUUUUGCAGCGCGUUAGAAAAACUCAUCUCCCAGCUGAAGGUUAAAUGCCGAAACCAAGAGCAAGGAUCCCUUGCCCAGUCAGACCUCGCUGACUCUGCUAACUCCACAGACCGCAGUGACCUGCUGUAUGUGCUGGAUGUGUCAGAGGGCUUCUCUCUGCUGUCCCUCAUCGCUGCCAGCCAGGGUCAUGUAAAAGCUUACAGCUCUGUGGAAAAGAACAAGCAGCAGGAUGUGCUAAAGAGACUGGCUCACUCCAAUAAUAUCCCAGAACAACAGCUAGAGUUCUGGCUCAACCACAUGGAGGACGAGCAGGGGAUGCUGCAGAGGCCGUCCAGGGAGAAGCUGUGGAGUGCCAUUAUCCUGGACUGUGUAGAGACUUGUGGUCUGAUUAGACAGAAGUUGAUGGAGAAAGCCUCACUAGCCAGGUGUCUGCUGGAGGAAGGAGGGCGGAUUUUCCCUGAGCGGAUUGUGGUGUAUGGUCUGCUGGUGGAGUCAGACACGUUGCUGCUGGAGAGUGCUGUCCAAGGUCAGGAGCCAACACUGGGAUUUAAUAUUGCUCCCUUCAUCAACCAGUUCACUGUACCGGUGCAUGUGUUUCUGGACUUUUCCACGCUGGAGUGCAGGCAUCUCAGUGAGUCUGUGGAGCUCUUUGUUCUUGACCUUAUGGAUGCCAAUGCAAACUACAUUAACAGAGAGGUCAAGGUCCAGGCCUCUUCUGCAGGCAGAAUAACUGCAGUUCCCUUCUGGUACCACAUCUACCUGGACCAGGAGAUCAGAGUCAGCACCCUCAGCCACAACUCUCAUUGGAAGCAGGCAGCUGCUGUGCUGCAGCAGCCCCUGGAGGUACGAGCUGGAGACUGGGUUCAUCUCGCUGUGAAGCUUCACAAGAGCACCAUCUCCAUAUCAGCCCAUGUAGACAACAGCCCCCAGGCAGUGGAGUAAUAACCUCUUACAUUUUAGCUUUGGAGCUCGUUUUUUUAAAAUAUAUAUUUCAAGCUAAAUUUAGAUUAUUGUCACAUACUCUGUUGGGAAAUGCAUUCACUUUUGGUAUUAUUUAAGGGAUUUCCCUUCACCAGUGUAAUUUUUCAUACCUUUAAUACCAGUCUUCAAAUUUCCCAUUUUCCUCAUACACACGGGCUCCCUGUUUUGAGAUUUAGUAGAAGCCUGCAUGACCUAAACCCUUAUGAACACCAGUGGGAAACUGGUUCAACAAAGUCAUGAAGAAUUUUCUAUUGAUAAACCUUCAAGUCAUGUUUUUAUUUGUAAAUUGUGCUAUAAAGUCAGAGGACAUUUAUAAUUUGUACUUAUAGAUAUAAGUAUGUAAUAUAAAUAUUAUAAUUGUCCCUUGAUUAUGGGUGCAGUUGUUUUUGUAAAGAUGUUUGUGGGUAUCAAUAAAAAAAAAAUACAACGUG